AAAGCUCGCAGCAUGCUCGCAGCGGUCGGGAGCCUCCGGUACCUUGGCCUGGGGCUCAUGGUCCGCUGCUCCCCGGGGGCGCCUCCAGGGGCAGCGCGGCGGCUCUCCGCUACUCUCCAGUCCCCGGGCCUCCUCCGCUACUCCAGCAACGGGGCCCCCAGCGGCUCUGGGCCCCAAAUUCCGGGGAAUGUCCACAGGGUCCCCGCCGAGCACAAACCUUCGCAUUUCGACAAGAAAAUCCUGCUGUGGACCGGACGUUUCAAAUCAAUGGAAGAGAUCCCGCUUUGGGUCCCGCCAGAAAUGAUCGAUGCUGCAAGAAACAAAGCUCGAGUGAAAGCUUGCUACAUAAUGAUCGGACUCACAAUUAUUGCCUGCUUUGCUGUGAUUGCAUCAGCCAAAAGGGCUGCAAGACGACAUGAAUCCUUAACAAGUUGGAACUUGGCAAAGAAAGCUAAGUGGCGUGAGGAAGCUGCAUUGGCUGCAAAGGCUAAGAACAAAUAA